CACACACACACACACACACACACACACACACACACACACACACACACACACACACACACACACACACACACACACACACACACACACACUCUGACAACUUUACACGUGUGUGCUCAUAGGCAGAAAUUUAUCAGAAAUUAAAAGUUUAGCUCCAGGUAGGAGUAGAUACGGCACAACUGGCUGGACCAGUUUCCAUCAUUUCCAAUAUCUCCACCCCAGUAUCUUUAAUACAACUCAUAACCCUAUUAGGAGCAGCGUGGCAGACUGCCGUUGGAACAGGCUGUGAGAGUGUGUUUAAUACUCUCCUCAAGCUAAUGCAGUAGCCUUGCACAUUGUGGUUCCAAACUGUUAAAAAGAGUUUUAAUUAAAUUAAAGUGAUCCAAGUUGUUUGUAUUGGAUAAGCUCACUGGCAACAGCCUAGUUCUGUGCUCACAUGUCGGUUUACUUCAGGUUGGGCCGCAUUCAACACAACUGAUGGGCAUUGGCUGGUCGGGCAUUGAUCAAACAAGAUACAUUGUGGUUCAUCCAAGAGAGAGAAGACAACAACACAGUUGUCCUUUCAUCAACGUUGUAAUGUUUCUCUGGCUGUUCUUAGUUACUCAUAUCUAUAUUGGGUUGCCCAAGUUAUUCCUCAGCACAGAAUCUGGAGGUCGACCAGAGUACACCGUCAGUGGCAUGGACAGCUUCAACGAGCUGCUGUACAAGCUGCGCGAUGUCCACGAGCGGGAGCUGGAAGGCUGGCAGCUGAGAGUCCAGGAGCUGUCCAAUAAGAAGGGCUGUGACAUAAAGAGAAUGGAGGAGCUGUUCAAUAGAAACCAGCAGAUGAAAGAGCAGCAGAGGACACUAACAGAAAACAUCAAGACAUUGGAGAACAGGCUUAGGGCCGGGCUGUGUGAUCGCUGCACCGUCACACAGGAAGUGGCCAAGAGGAGACAACAAGAAUACGAGUCGUCGCAGAUACAAACUCUACAUCAGUUCUCCAUUCUGGUGGGCGAGAUGAACAACCUGAAGAAGGAGAACAGGAGGCUGAGGGAGGAGCUGGGGAACCAGAGGAAAGCUAUGGACAGUCAGAGCAACCACCUCUCCAACAUCACUGCCACAGAGGUCAAACCCUUCAGAUCUCCUGACCAUUCCACCACUGCUGUGCCAGUCGCUCUUACCUCAACAACCCUUAGCAAUGCCUCCAAGCCGCCAGAAGGUGGCAACGUUGCGGUGAAAACGGAAGCAGACCAGAAAUUUGAGGACGCACAAGUUGGUGCAUCCAGUAGAAAGCCCUUUGAGUCUUAUAACGCACUCGCUGUGACAUCCUUCGAGCAUUCCCCCCGGGCGUCAGAAGAGAGCAGAACUGCUGGAGAUAAGAGACUGCAGGGCGCUGAAGGGCGACAUUCGCCGACCUCUAACCCCCCCCAACACAAAGUGUUCCUCCAGAACCUCCCGGCUCCUCUGUCCUCCUCCUCCUCUCCCCCAGGGGGUGCCCCCAGCAGGCACGUGCUCCAUGCCCCCAUGCCUUGCCGCCCUCGCCCAAUCAAAAGCGGGGCCCUCCCCUUCCCCUGGUCCGUCUCAGAACACUCCGACUGGGCCGGUCUCGCCGCCUCCACUGCGCUGCGUGGCCUCGGAGUUCAGCUCAACCCCCUCAAGUCCAACCCUUUCCUCUUCGCUGACGUCGGCCCCGCUGGCCCGCAGGCGAGCCCGUCCAACCAGGGCGGCCCCCCGGCGCUGCAGGCGGGGCCGAGGAGCGCCUGCGCACAGCAGAGCUCGACGUCCGAGCCCCUCGCCGAACUGCAGCCCCGGCUGUUCAGGGUGCGGAGUCUGUCGGAGCUGGGGGACAGUCAGGCCAUCGCACUGGAGAGGAAGGAGAUCGCACCGAUCCAGUGGAGGAGCCCUGGGACGUCCCAGCCCCAAGGAGGAGUCUGCGAGGGAGAAUCAGAGGGGAAUGACGGGCCCUUGGAUCUGUCAGAACGAGGAAGGUCCCAGUCCAACGAGUCGGCAAGCAGCGAGCGCCCUCUGCUCACCCAGGGCGCAGAGGGAGCAGCGAAAGGCUCUGAGAGCAGGACAAUCUCAUCUCCUCAUGGCCCCCCUUCAUCCUCUGGGGUCCCCGCCACACACUCCUCCACCCCUGCUUGUCAAGCACUGGAAAAGUCCAGUGAUCAUUGUAACUAUAUGGAAGAGGAACCGGGUCAGAGUGAGGAGAAGAACCAAAGAAAGGUUGACCAAACAAUCAAAGAAGAUUUUCCACUUUUCAACAGCUCAAUGCAACCAGUAGUGAUGCUGGGAACACUGAAUGCAGCACUGCAUAAACAAGGAACUGCGUUCUCAAAUGGCAAGCUGAAACAAGUGGAUCCAGUCAGCAGCUCAGAGGAGCAGGAUAAAGAGGGCCGGACAGGAGGAGACCAGAGCCCAGCCUCCAAGAGGGCCCGGUCCUCCACUGACAAACACAGCAGCAGAGAGUCGGAGACAGAGGACUUGAAGUCGCAUAAGAGGCUUAAGAUUUGAGUGGGCUUUCAAGACUGAAGAAAACAGCGGCGGUCAACAAGCCAUCAAUGACACUAUCUGAUCCAGCAUUUCAAUUGGUUAAGGCACUACAGAACAAAUAGAUAUAUUUAUUAGAAGUGAAGUGACCUGAAAAUGUGCUUCCAUUCCUACUGCAUCGUUCUCAAUCAAAUAAACUGUACUUCUAACUGUGUCGGUGUCAAUGCCAUGUUUUGAUCUUCUUAAAACUCAUAGGGCACACAACAUAAUUCAAAUAUACAGAUUUAUUCUGAUUGGUUAUCUAUGUACGCAAAGUUGUAUACUUUUUUUUAUUUAACAGUUAGCCUUAACUUUGACGCAAGUGACUCAUCCCACAAGGUCCGUGUGGUGCAUAUACCUACAUUCAAAUAUCCAACAACAGUGGGGCACAUAUAUACGACAAAGUGAACACAUGUUUCCUUGUAUACACACUCUGCAUCAAAGGAAACUGCACACUGCAACUGCACACUGAAACAAAGGAUAGCAACGAAGUACAGUUAGAUCGUUCAAUGCAAGCAUAAUAGCCAUGUGUGAAUGUAUUUAGCUUUUAAAAUGUGUUUAUUUUUUAAACAUUUCGCUUCCGCUGUGUUUAUCACAGGUUUGGACUGUGCUUCACAGUAUUUGGUAUCGGGGGCACGGUAAUAUGUCACUGCACUUAAUGGUCAUCUCUUGGCCACCUUAGUUCACAAACACCACAGAUGAACCAGCAAUAUAUAUACUAGUGCUCCAUGUUGAAAUGUACAGCCCCUAUUUCAGAACAAUACAUUCUACUUACUUUUUAUAUAAUCUCAAAGUUAUGUCAUUGUUAGCAUGGUUAUAAAUGCAGAAUUUAACUCUAUCUGUAUGCUUGCAUUGGACAUAUUUUUUGUUGUUUUCUAUUUCCUGCCAAUAAUGUCCCUGAGGCUAUUUUGUGUAGCUAAACAGUAAAAAAAAACAUGUUCCCCUUCCUCUUUUUCAUUGCCGAGUGUUUUGCAAGUGUGAAUUUUCCAUUGCAGCUGUGACACAACUUUUAUUCCGCAGUGCUGAGAAAUGGUAGGGUGAUCAAGGGAAAAAUAAGACUAAUUUAAACGAUAUCUUUAUAUUUGCUUUGUCAGGUCUCUAAAAAUUACAGAAGCACAUUAUAUAUUUUACAUAAAGAAACAAUAGUAACACAAUAACAUUUGUCAUGCCGGUAUAAUUUACUUAAUUAGAGAUAUACUAGUAUGGUUGCUGUCAUUUAAUGAUCUUGAUUUCUAGGUUGUCUACCAUGACCAAUCAGCAGUGCAGCUCAAACAGCGCUGAAGUAGGACUGAACAAAGACAUUAGUUUUACCUACAUUGCAUGGCAUUGUAAUUAAGCUUAAGGAUAUGUUGAUUGUCUGACUGGUCUUGAAUGCCCCAAAGAUGAUUCAGGCAUUGGUCCACAGUUCAUAUUUCCAUCCAUCCACCUGGUGUGUGGUUGGAACAUUAUUAGAUGUUCCAACCACAAGCCUGAUUAGAUGAGGCUUUGGGACAUUUGAAGAACCUCUGUCCAGAAUGUCCUGCUCCUGCUUUCUGCUAUAGCAGGUAAAGCUAUGGAGUUUUCAUAGAGCCCUGAACUCAAACCUGGGCCUUGUUAUAACAAGCUGUGGUCUUUUAUUAAAUGAUUGUUCUUAAAGUCCUUGAGCAUUAAUGUUCUACAUUAAUCUCCAAGUCUGGUCUGUUCAUUUGUUAGAUGACUUUUCUUUUCUUUACCUCACAAACCCCCUCGCACACACCUCUGUUUUGUAUUUACUCAGACUCUUUGUCUGACUGUAUUUAAUUCUUUUUUCUUGGCCCCUCCUCCCUUGUCCAGCUCUGUGACUGGGUUUCAGUUGGAAGGAUGUUUCUAAUCCUGACGUUUGAUUAAGGAUUAGUUGAACCGCUUGCGAAUUCCGUGAUGUGUUUGUUGCUGAUCUGCCACUGGCCUCAGGCUCAGCCAGCCACACGUCCUCGUCUGUCUCUAUCUGGCUAUAUUAUGGGAGAUUUGCAGGAUGGAGACCAUUUAAAAGGACACUGCUCAUGGCCCAUCAUUGUAUCACUCUUCCCCUUACCUUUAGAGGCCUGCUUUACAAGUCCGACAUAAUGGAGGAAAUACAGAAAUAUAAAAAAAAACUCCUCCUUGUUGAACCAAAGUAGAUUUGAGGGACAUGGGACCUAAU